AUGCCAAUUGAUUAUUCCAAAUGGGACAAGAUAGAAAUAUCUGAUGAUUCAGAUGUAGAAGUGCAUCCAAAUGUCGAUAAAAAAUCAUUCAUUAAAUGGAAACAAAGAGACAUUCAUGAAAAAAGAAUGCAAAGAAAUGUUGAAAUUAAAUCAAUAUUAAUUCAAUUAACAAUGUAUUCCAACCUAAAUGAAAGAGUUGAUUAUUUACUAUCCAAUUUAACACCAUCUCAAUUAACAGAUACAUCUUUAGUAAAAAAAACACUAGACUCAAAUUUUGAUCCAAAACAAAAUUUCAAUUAUGAAGAAUUAAUAAAAGAUAAAGGUGACACUUUAAGAAAAGGUUUGAAAGAUUUAACUUUUGAUAAAGAAGAAAUUGAAAAUUUACCACCCUACAAUGAAAUGAUUGAUGAUUUAUUUUUACAAAUUAAAGAUGAUCAUGAAGAUGCAAAAACUAAUGGUUCAAAACUAGUUGAAUACUUAAAAGAACAUAGAAAUAAAAUUGAUGAUGUAUUAAGUAAACAAACUAUAAAACUAGAUGAAUUAUUAAAAGAAAAAGCUCAAUUGAUUGUAAGUGAUGAUUUACAUACUGGAUUUGACAGAUCAUUCAUGAAUAAAGAUAAAGAUGAAGACGAAGAAGAUAAAAAAGAAGUAAAACCAACUACACAAAAAAAUUCGGUUACAACCACUGAAACUAUCAACUCACCAGCAUCUGCAUCAGCACCUGCAUCAAACCAAGAAAAAUCAGAUAAAGAUAUACUAGAUGAAUUAGAAAUCUUACCGGAAACCGAAAAAUUUGGUACAAUCUUAUCAAAAAACUUAACAGAAUCAGCAGAUUUCUUAAUCAAACAUACAAAGAUCUGUACAGAACAACAAAAAGAUGCCUUAUUAAUGACAGCCUUUGAUGCACAAUUACACAACGAUUCCGCAAAAGCUAAAAAUAUAAUUCAUCAAUCCCUCAUAAUCCAAUAUGUAUCACAGUUAAAAGCUGGUAAAACUUCUAGAGAUGAUACAAUUAGAGCUAUAAAAUUAUUAUUUGGGAAAAUUCAAAAUAACGAUCCAAAAGUAAAACAAUUAUUUAGUGAAGAAUAUUCAAAUUUAGUAAGUCAUAUUGCAAAAAGAUGUGAAAUUAUUAAACAAGAGGAAGCAGCUAGAGCUCAAGGUGAUGAAGGGCAAGAAGAAGAAGCAUUGAUUCAAUUAAGAGCAUUAGAUGAUAACACCAAACUUUCGGUAAACAUUCCUCAACCGGGUACACCAGAAUAUAAAAUCUUUCAUGAAAAUUUACCCGUAGAGUUCCAAAAUGCAAUCAAGACUGAAAAUAUAGAUGAAAUAAAUAAAGAAUUUGCCAAGUUGAAAUUAGAAGAUGCUGAAAGAAUUUUAGAUGUUUUUAAUGAUUGUGGAGUUAUUUCUAUAAAUGGUGUAUUGGAAAAUGAACAAGAAUUUGAAAAUUUAAAAAACGAAAAUCAACACGAAGAACAAGAACAUGAAGUUGCAACUGAAGACAUUGUUGAUUAA